UAUGCUGUUAAUUGUGGUUUUGUUCAGUAAUUUCCCUUUAUUACUUUUGGAGAAUCCUUUUAAUGCUGUACAGUAUUUUAGUUUCAAUGAUGGAUUAGACAAUUUAGUGCAAGGAGUGAAAGGAAAUGCAUAUCAUAUGAGUGGUUCUCAAAGGCUACUUCUAGUCGAAAAUAAUAGGACAACUUGUAUCUACAAUCCAUCAUUGUGUUCGAAUGGUUAUAGUAUUAGCGUUUGGCUAAAUGUAAUAAAAUCUAAUAUUGAGCAGUACUACAUUUCGAAUGGAGGUCAUACAUCUUCUUCAUAUGGAAUUGCAGUUGUAGCUGUAGUAUGGCCAAUGGGAAAUGAUAUUAUUGCUUAUAUCGAUGGUGUUGAAAUUCCUCCUUCUGAUAAAGUGUAUGAUAUGAAAACCUACUCAACCGUAUCAACUUCAUACAACAACUAUUACAUUGGUGGGAUGAAUACAAAUUUAUUACCACAAUAUUUAGGGAAAGGCGACAUUGAUGAACUUAUGAUAUGGGAUAGUCAGCUAACAAAAGAAACUGUUAAAGAAAUCUUCUUAGAAGGUGAGAACAACAUAGAGAUUUUCAUUACUUUCACCUAAAAUAGGC